GUUGCUUAGUUAGUCACUGACUGACAGUGUUGUCUUUCUUCUUUCUCGACUAAAACCACUGGCUUAAUUAAGUCGCUUGAAAGAUGUGGGCGACGGUGCAAGUGGAUUCGUCGUCUUCUUGCUCUUGUCACCGCUGCGAUUAUUAUUAUUACUACCCUUGUAGUUGUUUGUUGUUGCUGUCAUUGUAGUCGUCUUAGUUAUUUAGUGUUUGUUUGUUUGUUUGUAUUCGUCUUUUCCGCGACUUGGACGUGGACCCGAAGACGAUAGGGAAACACUACCACCCCCGACAUACGCACACUUACUGCAACAAAGACGGAGAAACAAGAAAAGAAAGUAUACCCUAACCGUCGAAGGUGGACUACGAGCACCUUUCUUUCCGUAGGAGCUUGAGAAAGAGAAAGUAUAUUAUAUAGAAAGACUUAUAGUAUAUUAAUUGAGAUAUAUCGGGAGUGUGAAUGCGCGUAUGGUGUGUGUUGUAUGUGUGAAAGAGGGGGAUAAAGCUGACCAAAGUUCUCUCUAACCACCAAGCACUGGAUGUUAGUGUCUCUUUUUUACACGGAGUAAGUAAAUCGUUUAAAAAUCUUUCAGUGGGAUUUCGAAAUGUCCAACUGUCUUCAUUCCCUCACAACUAAAAACAAACCACUACCACGACCACAAACAACAACACUUCUUACUACCACAGCUGCCUUCGGUCUCUGUUUUCAUUUUAUAAAUCUGGAAUAACUAACUAUAUAAUAUAUCUAUAUAUAUUUAUUUAACAAAACAUACCUUGCUUCCCGGAUUAUUUUGGAUAAACAUUUUAUUUUUUAUUUAUUCGUCACAAACCAACCUUUUAAAAUAUAAAUAUAUACACACAUAUAUAUAUUUAUAUUAUAUUAUUCAAAAUACAUCGAACGACAAACGACAACCAUCGCCACACACAAUUAACAAUGUGUCUCUCGCAAUUGCUCACCUGUGUUUCUCAACACACCGGACUUUACCGCUGUUCGUUUCUCCAUCACAUGCAUAUACAUUACUGGACCUUUAUUUACCUUAUAUUUUUACAAGUUUAUAUUAUCUCUGGCAAUAUCUGGGUAUGCCCACCAGCUAACCAAUCCGUCCCUGUGGGAUCUAAUGUAACAUUAUGCUGUAUCCCGAAUGAAGAAUGUGAAGUGUUUUGGAUAAGGGAUAAUAAUGUGAUCAUCCGCAAUAUGACAAUAACUGCAAAGAUAGACAAAAACCGUUACAAGAUUCUUAAAAACGGAGAGUUUAUGAUAAUAAAUGUAACAGAAGCAGACGAUAAUGUCUAUGCCUGCAACUGUUUGCAAUCUUCAAAUACAAUCAGGGGAGAAUUAAAACUGAAUAUUUUGCUACCACCUGGGGAGCCAGUCAUCGAUGGCAGCCGAAUAUACAAAGAAGGAGAACGUACAGAUUUGACCUGUACUUCAGUUGGCGGCAAGCCCCCACCUCGGCUUUACUGGACCUCAAACAACAAAAACUACUCUGAUAAAAUAAGUCACACUGGUGAUAAGUCUUCAAUUGUACUGAACAUUGAAGUGAAUCGAACGUUUAAUGGGCAACAGAUUUCUUGCUUUGCAGAGAAUUCCGUGAACAAGAACAAUCCGUCGGAGACAAGGACAACCCUCAAUGUACAAUAUGCACCAUCAGUUAAAGUAACCCCUGAUUACAAUCCAUAUAAAGUCAUUGAGGGUACCUCUGCCACAUUGACAUGCCAUAUAGACGCUAAUCCAAGAGCAAUACGAGCAUCAUUGUGGAAAGAAAGAGCUCAACUUCGAAGUGCAACCAACAGUGAAUUAAAUGCUGGAAAGUUCUCCCACACGAUUCCUUCUGUAGAUGUGGGCAUGCAUGGCUCCUACAUAUGUCAAGCAGUCAAUGGUGUAGCAACUCGCGAAGCAGCUGUGUCUCUUGAUGUUUUAUAUAAACCGAAGCUCACAGUCAUGCCGAAAGUUGUAGUCAACAUCACUGACCCAGUGCAGUUCGAAUGCCGUGCAGAUGCAAACCCAGUGCCAAACGUCUUACGCUGGACUCCGUCUGAUAAUGUAGCAACUAAUACACCUUCCCGUAUACUUGCCACAUGGAGGAGUAGCAGUGCCAGCAGAUUGAUUGCCCGCGAAUAUACAUGUGAAUCUGCAAACUCAUUGGUGCCUUCUUUAGGAGAUGCAGUCAUCAAUGCAAAUUCCAGUGCAGUUACAACUCUCUAUGUGCGAUAUUCACCAGGCAAUGUAGAAAUUAAUUCAAAUAACAUACCCAUAAAAGGAGCAGAACCAAUUUCUCUGACAUGCAAAGUGGACCCUAAUAAUUCUGGUUACCCAUUGCCGACUUAUGUCUGGAGAAGAGAAGGUCAAUUGAUUGGGAACAGGUCCUCAACGCUCACUAUUAACCAACCCCGCCUUCAAGACGGUGGUCGUUAUACUUGCAUAGCUCGGAACCAGAUGGGGAGCAGCAACCAGGGCGCUAUCGUCGUAAACGUCAAAGAAUAUCCUGAAAUCACCACCGGUUUACCCUCAAACAUGAUAAAAAAUGAGAAGGAGCGUAUCAAUCCAUUAAGAUGUAUAGCCUAUGGUAACCCAGCACCAACGAUUACUUGGUGGAAGAACGGUGAAUUGGUCUCUGGCCACAAUUACAAAGUGCAAAGCUCAAGUAACAACAAUAUCGUCACCAGCAUGUUGUAUUUUGAAAGUCCAUCGCAAGAUAACUCGAACCGGCUGAUGCCUUUUGAUACUGGCAACUAUUCCUGUGUUGUGAAGACAUCGUUAAAUGAUAAAUUCAAAAGAGUAUCCACAUUUUCAUUGAUAAUUAGAUCUGCACCUUCUAUCGAAGAAAUGAAGGAAACUGUUGCCAUUUCUCUGAAAACCAAAUCGAAUGUGUCUAUUGAAAUCGAAGCUUACCCUGAACCAAUUUUCUCUUGGCGUAAAGAUAACCAACCAGUUUCCAUCACUUCUCUCACUACACAGAUCAAUGUCAAUACAUUCCGCUCUACGCUAAUCUUCCCUUAUGCUGUCUCUGACAACUUAGGUGUUUAUCUUGUUAUUGUGAAUAACACCAUUGGUGGCAUAACAGCUAUACGAGAUGUCCGUGAAAGAAGUGUUCCAGAUCCACCAAAGGAUUUAGUGAGCAUUGAAGCCACUUGGGAAUCUGUGUACCUACAGUGGACCCCUGGUUUUGAUGGCGGGGAGAACCAGACAUUCCUCAUCUACAAAAUCCUGACCGACAGCAGGAAACGAUCCACUGGUAGGGAGGUGCUUGUUGGAAAGAGCAAUGUUGCCCACUUCAACGUGACAGAUUUGCUGCCCAAUACAUUAUACAAAUUCACAGUUCGUGCUAUGAAUAAACUCGGUAACGGAUCCUUCUCAAACUACUUUAGUUUGAAGACACAAGCUAUUAUUAUUCCUGUACCAGUGAAUGUAAAGUAUUACGAAUCAACAAAACUAAUAACGUUUAUAGUGAAAUCGGAGUACGAUUGCUGUGCAAGUUUACUGAUUGAUCGACAAAUCGAAUCUUUGUGGUGCAACACAACUUUGUUGCCAAUGAAGAAUAACACUUUAAAAAUUGGAUAUACAGAUGUUUUGAAGUUGCAAUUACGACUGUGUCUCCGGCAAAGAAAUGAUUUGUGUGGAAGCUAUGUUGAGGCUGAAAGAGUUAAUACCAAGAUGUCUGAAAACACGUUGUCAACCACGCAUAUGAUCAUCAUCGCUGUUGUAUGUUCAGUGAUUCUCAUAGUACUGGUCGUCGUACUUGUUCUCUUCCUCUACUGGCGGAACAAAUCCCAAAAGAAACAAUACGGUAAUGAAGUGAACUAUCCCCAUAUCGCUAACGGAAGAGUCGGGAACGGAAUGCCCAGCCAGCAGGUGUAUGAAAAUCCAGGUAUGAACACUGUUGACGGCAAAAUGAAUAUGCAUGAAAAUGGUUUCACACCUGUAUCCUAUUAUAAUCUUUCUCCCGAUAAUGGUCCGUAUGGAAAUGCAAAUGGCUACAUUGAGAACAAACACAACACUUCCAGUGAACACACCGAUGAGCUGCCGCCUUACACUGACAAUGACAUAGCUCAUGAACUGUCCGAUGAGUCUGACCCCGAGAAACCCUAUGACACCUACAGGAAUGAUAACCUUAAUCACGACGUCCCUCCCUCUUAUUCUGAUGCUUGUAGAAGUCCAGCCGAAAAAUCUAGAGAUCUUACGUUCUAUAGUCACCCUCAGUCUCCAACCAGGAACAUGAAUUUCAUCAGUCUCAACCCUGACGGUCUGCCACGGGAUACCAGCACCAGUGGACGCGAAAGUGGCUACUCCACACCAGACUCUUCACGACCUAAAAAGCAUCAGAAACCUGGAGAGAGCUAUCACCAAACACACUGCUGUCGGACACUUCAGAAGACCCACCACGACACCGCCUCUGGUCAUCCAUGCGCCAUGCCCUGCUGCAUGGAAGACUUAAAACUUCAGUCUCCAAAAAGAUCAUCGUGCUUGCCUAAUUUUGGAUUGUUAAAGUCAUCAGAACGUUACCAUGAAAAUAGACGGCUGGUAUGGAACCGGCCACUAUUGUCAGCAAAAACCUUCAGCUUUCCCAAACUCGGAACGCGGCAGGUUGAACGCAAAACAGCAAUCACAAAAUCAGAAAAGACCAUUGACAAAGACCUGGAGUUGGUCUCUUGUGGCAUCAAACCUCCAAGACCAAAGACUAACAGUCAGACACUUCAUUUUGAUUUCAGUCGACCUGACAGUCAUGAUGAGGACAUGGAAGAAGAGGAGGAGGAAGAGACAAAUAAAAGUUCAGAAAAGCUUCUUGGAGACAUUUCAGAUUUUACACGAGAUCCUCCAAAUACUUUCCGCCGGAGUAAGUCAACCUUCAUGCCCAUUCCACAAAUUACAGAAACACAAUUCAAUGUAGAUUUGUCCGAUGAAACAAACCCAGCAGAUGAAGACAUCUAUGUCCAAAGUACCUCUCAAACUAAAGAGUUACCUACAACAACACCCUGUUCCAACAGAGUCCUAACCAAUCCUCAUUUCUCAUCCGAAAACCGUUUGCCACAUUCAUCACCUUACAAAACACUGAAAACCAGCCAACAGAGGAAUAAUUUAAACAACAACCCUGCUAAUGCUCCAAAAUACAUAGCAAUGCACCCCCAACCUCAUUAUGCUCAAAGAAUCCCAACGUACAAAAUCCCAGCAGCCAGUAGACGUUCUUCACCAGCUCAGAACAAUAGCAGUUCGUCAAUGGUGUCUUUUUCAAGCCCUCUCAUCACGCAAAAACCUCUAACAACCAAUUUGAGCAACUAUACCACUUCAAAGAUUACUCCUGCAGAUAUUUCCUUGCCAAUAUACAGCAGUAACUCUCCUUUACUCAAUAUUCAUGGCUCUUCAACAACCCGAGAAUCAGAGAUGAAAUAUGCUGAUGUUACUACCCUGAUGACAUCAAAAGCCCCUGGGCUAACAAACAGCACAUAUUCCAGUACAACGCCAAUCCGAACUCAAUUUAAUCGAAUCUCACAGAUGGCUACAAAGUGCCAUUCUAAAGGCAUACUCAAAAAUAACAGCUCCAGCAGUCAAAGCUCCAUAGAGACGCAUUCCUCCAACACUCAGUACCCUGUGUAUGAAAGUAUUGAUGACUUGCGCUACAUUGAUGACACAUCGAGUGAAACUUCUUCCUUCAUGGAACAAAAAAUGAAUGGUCCUGAAGAUGCCAACCGAAGCAGACCACCAAAUAGCCACAACAACCACAGAGUAAGCGGCACAGCUGUCUCUGCUGUUUUAUAGUCUCUUCUUCUCCUAUUUAAAUCUUCCAACAAGACUGAGCUAAAUCAUAAACUACUCUGAAACUUCAAAGUGUUUUUUAGAAUCCAAGUGUUGAAAAUAUCAAACAUUAAACCCUUCGGCAUUCAUAUUAUUGUAUCAAAUAUAAUGCUUCAUUCGCAUUGUUUUGACUUAAUCAUGUAUUAUCUCAUGGCUUUGGGAUUUUGAUGAUGUGACUGUUUAUUUUUAGAAUAACAUUGCACGAUUGGUUUGAGAGGCUGGAUCUGGCCAGCUUGAACAUAAUAGAACAGGUAGAAUAUUCUGGCUAGCCAUGGCCAGUUUAAAUGCUAAAGGGUUUACAUGUUUUGAAGAUGGAGCAAGUAGCUCUACUUUUUCUUCAGAUACCAGACAGAUAACAAAAAAAUUGCUCCUGUAAGCUAAAGUUUGUUUAAACAGUUAUGGAAUUCAUGAGAAGAUAUCUGUUGCUAAAAAAAGGUAAUAGUCUACAUACAUCAUAUGUCGAUCGUUAGCAUAGUUUAAUUGACUGAAAAACAAACUCCAAAUCUAUCUAAAUAAUCUAACUGCCAAAACUAGAUUGCAAUCUAGUCAGGUGGAGUGAAAAAUGUUGCCAAAUAUUAACAGCUCCAAACAGGCACCAGCGCAGUUUAAAAAAAAAAACUGAUAGCAGUUUCAUUUCAUGAUAAAAUGACUGGUGUAAGAAAAUUUUUUAAAUAUCCUAUAGGAAAAAAAAAAAAAAGGAAACUAAAAAGAACGAAAAUAAUUUGUUCUAGGAAAUUGCAAACCCAUCAUACCCAUGCUAGCAUGAAAACAGAUGUGAAAUAUGAAAAAAAAACAAAAAAACUGGGUAACUCAUAAACGUUGAGCUUUUAUGAAAGGAAAGAGUUAUUAGCGGUUAUUGUCAUUUUACAUGUGAUCCUGCUACAUUCUACAUACAAAUCUCACAGAGAAUCGGCUUUGCUUUACAUUCUUCCAGGGACAGAGUUAAUAACAGUAAUGUAUUUGGUUCAUUUUAAUUAUAGUCACACAUACACUUACAAAAUUGGCCUUGUGUCUGGUCAACACAUACAAAGAUAAAUAAAAUAAAAUAAAAAUCAAUACAUUAUUAGAGAAAGGGGGUUGGUUUUGGGAGGAAGGGAUUCUGAAGAUUUCAACCUAAUCAAUAAUAGUCUUAAACUCACAGACAUGUCUGGAAGAAAUACUAAUGAUUAAUGUUUUCUUCCUGUUCUAUAAAGAUCAUAUUUACGUUUCUUUAACGUUUACCUGAUAAAUGCCUGUCUUGCCAGUUUGGAAUUAUUCAGAAAGCCUAUAAUAUACUUUAUCGAUGCUACAUAAAACUAUAAUUCUGUGGGUCAUGGUAAAUGAUGGGAUAGAAAGAUUCAUAGAUCUCCCUUUGGCUGCAUUGAAAUAACCACUCUUUGAUUUAUGAGCACUUAAGAUUGGACUUGUUGCUUGCACACACAUCCAAACACACACACACACACAAACAUAAAUAUCUACAAGCACCAUCUGCAUUCAUCCAAACAUAUAUAUAUAUUCACAAAAAUCCAUACAUACAUAAUCGGGCAUCCAUCUAUAUAAAGAUACAGACUCGCUCAUUAACAGACACAUAAAGACAAAUAAAAAUUUUAAAAAACAUACUGCAGUUCACACAUACACACAUCUAACAAAUAUGCAGAGAGGCCCACAGGCAAAUAUAUAAGACAUGCUGUGUGAAUUUGCAUUAUGUCUAUAUUUAGUAAAAGUCUCAAACACUCCUGCUAUUUCUAUGGCCUGGCUAUAAGUCAUAUAUUUAAUUUCCCUUACAUAUCACUGUGUAUAUAUGUGUUAACCAUACAUAACAUUGUAACAACAUUUGUUUUUAUUUAAUUUUUGUUUCAUCUGUAAAAAUUUCAUCUUAUAAUAUAUAAUGGACAAAAAUAUUUUCGAAUGCCUUUGUGUUAACUUUAACCAGAAUGAACCCUUUUGUUUUAUCUCUUUUGUUAUCAACCUCCAAGACACCAAUCCUGGUUCUUUGAUACAAAAUUCCUGUUUUAAAGAGAUCUAAAUUAAAACCUUUACUCAAAAUUUCAUGUUUGUGUUCCCAACACCAGUUUAAUAAGGGCAAAGUUAUUAUACUAAAAAUCUUUAUUAAUUUCAUAAUUAACUGAGACAAAAGGAGUGUAUAUCAACAGAAAUAUGGUAACAAAAGGUUUACCAGCAACAAGAAUACACAAUUUUGCCUUAACCACAAAGGAAAUGCAUUUUGCCUUAUUUACAACUGGAGAAGAUCAUUUUGCUAUUAAAUGCAACUAAAGUAAAUUGUUUUGCUGUUAACUGAGAUCAAAUGAUAUCCUUUUGCUUAACCUGUAAUCAAAAUUUAACAUUAUGCUUUAUUCCUUAUCUGUAAAUAUCUCUCCAAAUUUUAUCUUGCCAUUCAUAGAUUCCCACCAAUUUGCAUUUUGCUUUGAUGCCAUAAUGGUUGGGAAGUGUGUCUAAAAUUAUAUUGGAUGUUAUUGCACUUAAUGCAAAGAAACAAGUAUGGAAAUAUCACUAUGAGAGGUUGUUCACUGAAUGAAUGAAUUGAAUGGGAUGUUGUGAACCAGAUCAAACUGAAUUAAACAAAGUGGUCACCUAAUGGAAGAAGAGAAAUGUUACAAUAUAACAGUGAAAAUCAAGCAGAAAAUAGUAAAUAAAGCCAUUAAUGUAAUGUAAUGAAGAAAAAGAAAGAUUUAGCAGGGCUUUGAAGACUAUUUUCGGAAAUAUUGAAUUUUAUCAAGUUCAAGAAGACAAGUUAAUUAUUCCCUUGGCUAAGUAGAUUAUAAAGAAUCUGAAGAGAAACCAGUAUUUUGAAACUUGGCAAAGUAGGUUCGAAGCUAAAGGCUUAGUAGAAGUUAAAAUUGUUAAGUGCAAGGGUUUAGUUAAAUAGAAAACAACAAUGUAACAGUAUCGAGGCAGUUGCCUUAUUUUGUGUGCAGGAAGGGAAAAAACAGUUUUGUUCUAUGAUGCACCAAAAUCUAGCAGACUGAGCAGACAGUGAAAAUUGUGGCUAAAGAUAGUUGAGAAUAUAUUGUAUUCCUUUCAUAACUUCCACUGACAUCAAGGAAGUUGUUUAUUUUAUUUAAUUGCUUUUAUUUUCAUUUUUCCAUAUGUCUUUUAACUUUCAUAAAAGAAAAAAAAAACCAUGUUUGCUAAGUGGAAUAAAAUGUUAUUGAAUCAAUCAAUUAAGCAGAUAUUGAAUUUGUUUAGUUGCUUGUCAACGUCUGAGAGAUUUCGGUAAAGAUAAGCACUGUUCUCUGCCAUACAACUUUAACAGACAGUGGCAUAAAAUCAAAGAGAAAUCAAAUUGUUCAAAGAAUAAAAUUGCAAGUCUUCAGCAAAUAUGCCUUCGAGGAAGCAAAGUUUGUGAAAACUAUAUUUUUGAUAUUUUUCUUAUAUAAAUAAAUAAUGAAAUGUACUCAGAUAUGUUAGCAAAACAGUAAUUACCAUCACACAAGAAUUUUUUUCCCAACUACGAUAAUUUUGUUGUUGUUGUUAUAAAUAAAGACUCAACCAGAAUUCAUACAAAAAUUUGUACAAACAUUCUUCCACAUCAUUAAAAAUAAAACCAUUUUUAAUCAGACCUUCAUAUAAAAGAGACCCAACCAGACAUAUUGAUUAUAAAUGAUAAGUAUUCGACAAAAACUGUAUUAACGACAAAUGCAGGCCGAAACAUUUUUUGGUUGAUAUCCUGCAAUGUGUUCUGUCUCUCUUGGAUAUCAUUUUGGCUGAUGUGUGAGGGAUAAAGGAUAGAAGACAAAAUGAACAGCUUUGUCAGGCAACAAGUCAAACGAAUACGCUGGCAGAUUUUAACCAUUUCUUGCGCAGGUAAAAAGAUGGAAGCUUGUCUGGUACGGUCAUGUAUC